UCAUUUCAUCCAUCAUACCCAGAAUGCAAAGUGAGAUAGCCGACCCUCGGUAGGUAGCCUUGCUCCUGGCUUCUUUUCAGUUUUAUCAUGACCAGGAGGGAGACAUUCACUUUUUGAGACACACCAGUGUGCAAACACACACACCAAACGGCGACGUGGUCCGCCUCAUGAGAAGACACGACGAGUCCCAUGCAGCGAGGACAGGCAGCCGACUUUUAGCCCUGAUUGGCGUGAGCUCGUAGCGGCUGUCAUGGCAGCGUCGGAGCUGUACACAAAGUGCGCUCGGGUGUGGAUCCCCGACGUUGAGGACGUGUGGAAGUCGGCCGAGCUGAGCAAAGACUACAAAAAUGGCGACGCCUCCCUGCAGCUUAUGCUGGAAGAUGGAACGAAUCUUGAGCACAAGCUGGACCCCAAGACCAAGAACCUGCCCUACCUGCGAAACCCUGACAUCCUGGUGGGUGAGAAUGACCUCACGGCGCUCAGCUACCUCCACGAGCCGGCGGUGCUGCACAACCUCAAAGUCCGCUUCAUCGACUCCAAGCUCAUCUACACUUAUUGCGGGAUUGUUCUGGUGGCCAUCAACCCGUACGAGACGCUGCCCAUUUACGGGACGGACAUCAUCAAUGCGUACAGCGGUCAGAACAUGGGAGACAUGGACCCGCACAUCUUUGCUGUAGCAGAAGAAGCUUACAAGCAGAUGGCGAGGGAUGAGCGGAACCAGUCCAUCAUUGUGAGCGGCGAGUCUGGGGCCGGGAAGACCGUUUCAGCCAAAUACGCCAUGAGAUACUUUGCCACGGUCAGUGGCUCGGCCAGCGAGGCCAACGUGGAGGAGAAGGUGUUGGCUUCCAACCCCAUCAUGGAGGCUAUCGGGAACGCUAAGACAACUCGUAACGACAACAGCAGUCGCUUUGGGAAGUAUAUCGAGAUCGGCUUCGACAACCGCUACCGGAUUAUCGGCGCCAACAUGAGGACAUAUCUGCUGGAAAAGUCCAGAGUGGUAUUCCAGGCGGACGAAGAGAGGAAUUAUCAUAUCUUUUAUCAACUCUGCGCAUCAUCGCAUUUGCCGGAGUUCAAAAACCUCAAACUAAGUAACGCCAACGACUUCCUGUACACCCGGCAGGGAUGCAGCCCCGUUAUUGACGGGGUGGAUGACAGCAAGGAGCUCGGCACCACCCGCCACGCCUUCUCCUUGCUCGGUAUCAACGAAUCUUAUCAGAUGGGAUUAUUUCAAGUUCUGGCUGCUAUCCUUCAUCUGGGAAAUGUGCAGAUCAAAGACAAAGAUUCAGAUAGCAGCAUCAUUCCCACCAACAAUCAUCACCUGACCAAGUUCUGCGAGCUGGUCGGCGUCACCUACGAGGACAUGGCUCAGUGGCUGUGCCACAGGAAGUUGAAGACGGCCUCCGAAACCUACAUCAAGACCCUCCCUCGCCUGCAGGCCACCAACGCCCGCGACGCCCUCUCCAAGCAUAUCUACGCCAAGCUCUUCAACUGGAUCGUGGAGCACGUCAACAAAGCGCUCAUCACCAAUAUCAAACAGCACUCCUUCAUCGGCGUCCUCGACAUUUACGGGUUUGAGACGUUUGAAAUCAACAGCUUCGAGCAGUUCUGUAUCAACUACGCCAAUGAGAAGCUCCAGCAGCAAUUCAAUAUGCACGUAUUCAAGCUGGAGCAGGAGGAGUACAUGAAGGAGCAGAUCCCUUGGACUCUCAUUGACUUCUACGACAAUCAGCCCUGUAUCAACCUCAUCGAAGCCAAGAUGGGCGUCCUGGACCUGCUGGAUGAAGAGUGCCGGAUGCCAAAAGGCUCGGAUGAUUCAUGGGCUCAGAAGUUGUACAACACCCACUUGAAGACGUGCUCGCUCUUCGAGAAACCGCGCAUGUCCAACCGCGCCUUCAUCAUCCAACAUUUUGCUGAUAAGGUUGAAUAUCAAUGCGAUGGUUUCCUGGAGAAGAACAAGGACACGGUGAAUGAAGAACAGAUCAAGGUGCUCAAGGCCAGCAAGUUCGACCUGCUGGUGGAGCUGUUCCAGGAUGAGGGCAAAGCCACCACCCCUACGGGUCAGCCCCCCGGGAUGGGAGGCAGGACCCGUCUCAGCGUCAAACCUGACAAGAGCCGCGACACCAGCAGCAAGGAGCACAAGAAGACCGUCGGCUGCCAGUUCCGUAACUCCCUUCAAAUGCUCAUGGAAACCUUGAACGCCACCACGCCACACUACGUCCGCUGUAUCAAACCCAACGACUUCAAGCAGGCCUUCUCGUUUGACCCGAAACGUGCAGUGCAGCAGCUAAGAGCUUGUGGCGUCCUGGAGACAAUUCGGAUCUCUGCUGCAGGUUUCCCGUCAAGAUGGACAUACCAGGAGUUCUUCAGCCGGUACAGAGUGCUGAUGAAGCAGAAAGAUGUUCUCUCUGACAAGAAGCUGACAUGCAGGAACGUUCUGGAGAAGCUCGUGGAGGAUCAGGAUAAAUACCAGUUUGGUAAGACCAAGAUUUUCUUCAGGGCCGGCCAGGUGGCCUACCUGGAGAAACUGCGAGCCGACAAGCUGCGCGCCGCCUGCAUCCGUAUCCAGAAAACCAUUCGCUGCUGGCUGGCGCGUAAGAAGUACUUGCGCAAGCGCGACGCGGCCAUCACCAUCCAGAGGUUCACCAGAGGUUACCAGGCUCGCUGCUUGGCAAAGUUCAUGCGUCGCACGCAGGCCGCCACCAUCAUCCAGAAGUACCAGAAGAUGUACGUGGCCAGGAAACGCUACAGGCAGAAGCAGGCGGCUGCGCUGGCCAUACAGACUAUCCUCAGAUCUUACAUGGCCCGCCAGAAGUACCAAGCGCUUCUGCGCGAGCACAAGGCGGUGAUCAUCCAGAAGCACGCCCGAGGCUGGCUGGCUCGCUGCUGGUACAAGCGCUGCCUCAGCUCCAUCGUGUACCUGCAGUGCUGCACUCGCAGGAUGAUAGCCAGGCGCGAGCUGAAGAAACUGAAGAUCGAAGCCCGCUCGGUGGAGCACUUCAAGAAGCUCAACAAGGGCAUGGAGAACAAGAUCAUGCAGCUCCAGAGGAAGAUCGACGAGCAGACCAAAGAGAACAAGUCUGUCAAUGAGAAGCUGACGGGCUUGGAGAACACCUACACGACAGAAAGCGAGCGGCUGCGCGGGGAGCUGGGUCGCCUUCGAGGCGUGGAGGAGGAGGCCAAGAGCAAAGGCAACCAGGUCAAAUGUCUCCUGGAGGAGCUGGAGAAGCUCAAGAAGGAGCUGCGCACCACAAAGCAGGAGAAGAAGACCAUCGAGGACUGGUCACAAUCCUACAAGGGCGAAAUGGAGAAAUUGGUGUCAGAACUGAAGGACCAGAACGGCUUGCUGAAGACAGAGAAAGACGACUUGAACAGGUUGAUUCAGGAACAGAAUCAGCAGAUGACAGAGAAAAUGGCUCGUGCGAUUGCAGCGGAGACUCAGCAGCUGGAGACAGAUCUGAACGAGGAGCGCUCUCGUUACCAGAAUCUCCUGACAGAACACCUUCGCCUCGAGGAGAAAUUCGACGACCUCAAAGAACACAUUUCCAAGCCUGGCCACAGGAGAACAGAUUCCACCCACAGCAGCAACGAGUCCGAAUACACCUUCAACUCAGAGUUCGCCGAAUCGGAAGACGCUUCCCAUGCCGCAGAAGAUUUGACUCGAGGAAUGGAUACCUCGCUCACGCUCAAGCUGCAGAAGCGACUCAAAGAGCUGGAGCAAGAAAAGCAGUCACUGCGCAAUGAGUUGGAAAAUAAGGAGGAGCAGUUUCAGAGGGCCCGAGCCAGGGAUGAAUCGGAGUUCAAAAAGGCUCGUGGGGCAGAGUUGGAGUACGAGUCCCUCAAACGUCAAGAACUGGAGUCUGAAAACAAGAAGCUGAAGCACAACCUGGCCGACAUGAGGAAGAGCCUGCUGGGCAGCGCGGCAUCGAGCGCCGGCGCACCGGGCUCUCCGGCCUACAAGGUGCUCCUGGAUCAGCUGAACUCCUCCUGUGAGGAGCUGGAGGUACGCAAGGAGGAGGUGCUGAUCCUGCGUUCGCAGCUGGUCAGCCAAAAGGAAGCCAUGCAGCACAAGGAUGAGAAGGAGACCAUGACAGAAGUGGCCGUCCACGUGGAGGACGUUUCCAAACUGAAGGACGCUGAUGAGCUCAAACAAGCCUACAUCGGUCUCAAAGAUACAAACAGAUCUCCCAGGUUUGCGUGUAAGCGGCUAGAAGUCAGACAUCUGCUGAGUAGGCUCAGAUCGGCUGCUCCAGACUUCCAAAAGCUGAAUGAGGACGGGGAGCUGUGGCUGGUUAAUCAGGGCUUAAAGGAGACUGUCAGGCUCCUGGAGCACCAGCUGCAGACCCAGCGGCGCAGCUACGACAGCGAGGUGGAAUCUCUGCGCGGCGAGCUGCAGAACGUCAAGGAGGAAAACAACCGGCAGCAGCAGCUCCUGGCACAGAACCUCCAGCUGCCUCCGGAGGCCCGCAUCGAAGCUAGUCUGCAGCAUGAGAUCACCCGGCUCACCAACGAGAACCUGGAGCUGGUGGCUGACGACCCCGCAGCAUCCCGAGAGGCGCGAGUCAUCAUUUUACGCCGGAUGGUUGAUCUCAUGGAGCAGCUGGAAAAACAAGACCGAACCAUUCGCAAGCUCAAGAAGCAGCUGAAGGUUUACUCCAAGAGGAUUGGAGAGAUGGGAGCCGGUCAAGCGGAGGGUCAGACGUCACCGGGGCAGAUGGUGGACGAGCCCAUCCGCCCGGUCAACAUUCCUCGCCGGGAGAAAGACUUCCAGGGUAUGCUGGAGUACAAGAAGGAGGACGAGAUGAAACUGGUCAAGAACUUGAUCCUCGAGCUAAAGCCUCGCGGCGUGGCCGUCAACCUGAUCCCGGGUCUGCCCGCCUACAUUCUGUUCAUGUGUGUAAGGCAUGCCGACUACCUCAACGAUGACCAGAAGGUCCGCACGCUGCUCACCUCCACCAUCAACAGCAUCAAGAAGAUCCUCAAGAAACGAGGAGAUGACUUUGAGACUGUCUCCUUCUGGCUAGCCAACACCUGCCGCUUCCUGCACUGUCUCAAGCAGUACAGUGGAGAUGAUGUGUUCAUGAAGCACAACACAUCCCGGCAGAACGAGCACUGUCUGUCCAACUUUGACCUGACCGAGUACAGAUCGGUGAUCAGUGACCUGGCCAUCCAGAUCUACCAGCAGCUCAUCAAAUGCAUGGAGAACACACUUCAGCCCAUGAUUGUGUCGGGCAUGCUGGAGCACGAGACCAUCCAAGGCGUGUCGGGCGUAAAGCCGACGGGCCUGCGCAAGCGGACGUCCAGCAUCGCCGACGAGGGCACCUACACGCUGGACUCCAUCCUGCGCCAGCUCAACGCCUUCCACUCCACCAUGUGCCAGCACGGCACCGACCCUGAGCUCAUCAAGCAGGUGGUCAAACAGCAGUUCUACGUCAUCGGCGCCGUCACCCUCAACAACCUGCUGCUGCGCAAGGAUAUGUGCUCGUGGAGCAAAGGCAUGCAGAUCAGGUACAACGUGAGCCAGCUGGAGGAGUGGCUGCGGGACAAAAACCUGAUGAAUUGCGGGGCCAAGGAGACUCUUGAGCCUCUCAUCCAGGCCGCCCAACUGCUCCAGGUUAAGAAGAAGACGGACGAGGACGCCAAAGCCAUCUGUUCCAUGUGCCUGGCCCUCACCACCGCACAGAUCGUGAAGGUUCUGAACCUCUACACUCCGGUCAACGAGUUUGAGGAGAGGGUGUCGGUUUCAUUCAUCCGAAAUAUACAGACUCGUUUGCGGGACCGCUGCGAGAGUCCACAGCUACUGAUGGACACCAAAAUGAUCUACCCGAUCACUUUCCCGUUCAACCCAUCUUCCCUCGCCCUGGAGAGUAUUCAAAUCCCCAGCUCACUCAACCUGUCCUUCCUUACCCGCGUCUGAGCUGGGGAGAGGAUAGUGGCCAUCUACUGUAUCUUUCUCUCUCUCUCUCUCACACAAACCGUGAGCAUCACAAAACACACCGUGCAUGCUCCACGUGCUGUUUUCUUCACAUCUCUUUAGCAACGUUUCCCAAUCUUACCAUCGGACAAAAAUGCUACCAAAAACAGUGAAUCCGGCGAGUAAUUGACCCAAAAAUGGCUGGCAAUUGUACCACAAAUGGGCAAAGCACUCAUUUUACUGCAGUUGAAUACACCAAAGUAAUAUUUUCAUAUUAAACACGACAUGAAUUUGCAAACGUGUGGAUUCACUGCAUACUGAAAUAAUGGCAAAAACUCACUCACACAUUUACUUACACCGUGUCAUCAAGGGAAGAGCAUGUCAUUUUUUUGCCUGUCCGUAUACGUUGCUAGUAUUGAUAGUUGCGCAAACGUACGUUAUUAGUAGUAAAUCAGUUAUUUUAGAACAAAUUAAAGCUCCACUCCACGGGAUAUUGAGUUUCUAAGCGCUAGUGCCACCUGUGGCUGAAAAAUGAAAUUGGACACUCCUGCCAACUGAGAAAUGGUGGGUAUCUAAUAAGUCUUGUAAGCAGAAUC